AUGUGUUUAGCUUUAUUUGCUUUACAUGAUUUCAAAGAUUACAAAAGUGAUUUUAACGAAGUGUCUGAUUCUCAACCUGAAGUGUUAAGUGAUGACUUCAUGGAAUCUCAAAAUAUCGAAAAUCAUAACACUGGACUUCCCGAUCGAAUAAAACUUGCAAACAGCAAAGAAAUUAUGAAGUGCAGAAAAAUGAAAGCUGUCAUUCGAUAUCACACUCCAAACAAAAGAAAAGAGCCUGAAAAAUAUUUUCACCACCUUCUUAUGUUAUUUCUGUGGCGUAAUGAGCAGGAACUCUUUGGCGAAGACCAGACAUACAUAUCUAAGUUUUAUGAGCCAGAUGUUCAAGAGGUAGUACAGCGGAACAAAGAAAUAUUUGAGCCAGAUGGUGAUGCAAUUAAUGAAGCACCAGAAAGUUUACGAAACUUUGAUGGUGUACCAACUCACUCCUAUGAUCCAAUAAAUGACCAGGAAAAUGAAGAUUUGCGACAAAGUUUACCUGACGAUUCUGAUGAAACCGAGUCUUUUAACGAAUCGUUGCCACAACAUCUUGCAUCAAUUCCUGAAUCAGUUCAACCACCUUCUGGAAUAAGUUCUUAUAAUCAACCCUUAGAAAUCAGUGACGAUGAUCUACGAAAAACUGUAAGAUCAUUGAACAACAAACAACGUUAUGCAUAUGAUGUAGUUCUUUCGUGGUGUAGAAAUAAGAUGGCCAACCUAAACAUCCUUAAACCAUCUAAAGUAGAUCCGAUACAUGUUUUUGUUACUGGAGGUGGAGGUGCAGGGAAAUCACACUUAAUUAAAGCUAUAUAUCAUACUGUUACAAAAACAUUUAGACAUGCUCCAAUGAAUCCUGAAUUACCUUCUGUAUUGCUAAUGGCUCCAACUGGUGUAGCUGCUGCCAUAAAUAUCAACAGAACAACCGUAAACACUGCUCUAGCAAUUCCAAGAGAAUGUGGGAAUAAUGUACCUGCAACAUCUGACCAGAGACGAACACAAAUGAGAUUGUCUUUGGCUGAAUUGAAACUAAUCAUAAUUGAUGAAAUAUCAAUGGACUCAAACAUGGGUCUGCUGCAUAUUCACCAGAGAUUGAAAGAAAUAUUUGUUACACCUAAUAGUGAACUUUUUGCAGGAAUCAGGGUACUUGUUUUCGGAGAUUUCUUUCAGCUACCACCAAUUCGAAGUGCAACAACAUUUUCAAAUUAUAAGAUUGAUACAUUCAAUCUACAUCAUCCAUGGCAUGUCUUUAAAGUGGCAGAACUAACACAAAUCAUGAGACAGAAAGAUGACCUCGCCUUCACUCAACUAUUAAAUAGAGUGCACACUGCUUCACAUACAGACGAUGAUAUCAAGUGUAUUCAAUCUAGAACAAUAACUCCAGAUGAUGAAAAUUAUCCAUCAGAUGCAUUAAACAUUUUUGCAGAAAAUGCACCAGUAGAUGAGUACAAUAUUGAUCGCCUACAACAAAUUCAAUCACCACAGUACGUUUUAGAAGCUUUAGAUCAAUUCCCACCUCAUGUUAGAAAACAGGAUGUCGAAAGAGUGUUGUCGAAAGAGUGUUGUCUAAAGGAAGAUCCGAAACUGGAGGGCUUGACACUAAAAUCCUGA